AUUUUGCAAAUGUUUGCUCAUUUUUACAGAUAAUAGCCAUAAUUGAAUUAUUCACUGAUUUAACUGCAGAGUUGUAGACAAUUGUUAUUUUAUACCGUAAGUUUGUACCGAAGAAAAUUAUUAUUUCAGUAAUAAUUUUAAAGUAUCAAAUAUUGAGAUUCAAGAUUCGAUAUACCAUUGAAUCAUAAUUUUGCGGUCUUGUCAUCAAUAACAGGGUAAAACAGAAUAAUAAAUUGAGUAAGUUUUACUUUGUGCUAUAUGAAAAGAUAACUAGACACCUAAUAGAUCCAAUUCCGACUUAAAUCAUAUUUGUAAACAAAAUUUAUAAUUAAUAGAUAAAAUCUAAAUUCUGAAUAUUAAUUUAUUAAGUUUAUUCUUGAAAGUUAUAUUUUAAUCAACUUUAAUUAUUUUUUUUAAAAUGAAAUUACAAUGCAACCAUACGUUAUACAAUCAUAUUUUAACAUUACCUAUGCUCAAGUUAAUGAUGUAUUAUUCAAAAAAGUAAUAUAAUAGUUAUUGUAUUCAAAAAAACCAAUUUGAAUAUAGUCAGAACUCAAAAAUUGUAACACUUAAAUAAUUUUCUUAUUGUCUUUAUUCAGUGAUCAAUUUUAAAUCUCUUAAAUCCAAUUUAAAUUCAUUGUUUAGUAAUAAUCUAUUGUGUUAUAUUAUGAAAAUUUCACCCAUAUUAAUUGAAACAAAUGUUUUUUUUUUAAAUUGCAUUAAUUUAUCUGUUGUUUCUGUUGCAAAAUGUUAAUAAUAUACUAAAAUGUACUUAUUAUUAUAUGGUCUAAUAAAUAGGUAACGACUGAUGAAUCUAUCAAAACUAAAUUGUAAUAAAUUUGUAUUUGUUUUAAAUUAUUUUCAGUGCAUAAUAUGGCCAAUGAAGAAUAUUGCGGAAAACCAUACAAAAUUAUUGAUUCAAAACGUAAACUUAAAAUUGGUAUCGUAGCAAGUUCCUUGUCAGAUUUUAUAACUAAAGGUAAAACUAUGUAUAUCUUUACAUAACACAAUGAAUUGGUAUACAGUAGGUGGUCACAUAGACAUAUUAAUAGACUGGCCUUGCCUAUAAAGUAGCUGAGGUAGUAACUGGUCAGACAUAUUACAACAGUGUACAGUAUAAUCAUGUCAGUGUUGCCAUUGUAUGUGUAGUACAAUGUACAAUAAUAUCACGUAAAACGACUGUUCUACGUGUACAAAAGGCUCAUCUAUUAGUAUAAGGUCUAUGAGUUGUUGUUAAUUUUGUAGUUAAAUAAUUUCAUGCAGAGGUCUCCCCAGAUUUAUUUUUUCUUUUGUAAAAAUAAUGUGUGCAGAAUUUGAUCACAAUUGAUUGAUAUAAAAUGUAUGUAUGUAUGCUUAUCUAGUUAAUAUUGCCAGAAAGUUUAAAAUUAUAUAUUUCCAAAAAAUAAUGUUCUGUAAUCAAAUAUUGCUAGAAUCACCAUUUUUUUUAUAUACAUAUAUAUAUAUGAGUUCAUAUAAUUAUAAUAAUAAUAGACAGAACAUUGGUUGGUUAGUUAAAAUAAAAGAAUUAAAGAAUAAUAAAAUUAAAAAAACAAAACAUAUUUUGAAUCAUAAAUGUGAUAACUGUAAAAUUGUAUUGUGUAUUGUACGGCUUUUUAAGUAUAUCCAGAGAACUGCUAUCUAUAAUCUUGAACUAUAUGCCAAAUUUAAAAAUACCUACUAUUCCUAGUUAUUGAAAUAAUUUUUUUGUUACCUACUUUUAAAAUAAACUUCUUAUGUUAUUCAUUUUUCAUGCACUUGACGUUAUAAACCUUUCGUUUUACCAUAUCAUUGACCAUCUUUAUCGAUUCCAUUAUACUUUUUAUUACUUUAUAUUCCUCUAGAUCAUUCCAUUUUUAACGUUGAACUUUUAAAAGGUCUUUAAUAAUGAAUCUUUUCAACACAUUUCGUGAAUUUGCACUUAAUAGUUCUAAUGGUAAAUCUUUGAUGAGUAAAUGUACAUCUUCAAACUUGGAAAUGUACUUUUUUUGGGAAUCUUUUUCGGAUUCUUUCUCCAUCAUCUCUUGGCAAAUCAUAUUUUAAUUAAAUAAAAUAAAAUUGUAUUAUUUCAUCAAAAUUGUCUUUUAAAAUCUCUUUAACAUUUUCAUCAAUAGACAAUAUUGAAUACAGAUUUUGAUCAAUACUUAACUUACACAUUCUUUUCUGAAUUUUUUAAAUAAAAGAUUAUUUGGUUGUUUACUUGUUGCUAAUUUUAUUUCAGAAAAUACUCCUUGCUAUAUUGUUUUAUCGACAUGAUGUCUAUAUGCCAUGUAUAAAAUAUCGAGUUUGUCAAGUUUUUAUACUAAAAGAUGACAUGUAUCAUUUAACUAACCUUUAUUACUAGCAGUUGUCUGAAACACAAAGUCAAGAUUUUUUUCAUUAAAAAAUAUUUUUCUAAAGACAUAUAUAACAGAAGUUUUUUCAUGCUCAAGUCAAAUUGUGGACUUCCCAACAAUUGUUCAACGUUUGGCGCUGUAACAAUUACUGGAAGUCAUUAGACUUUCUAUUUUCCUGUAAUAUCUGGCAAUAAUUUUGAAUCCCAAUUAAGUACUGAUUGAUUUAAAUUCAAAUUGUUAAAUCUAUUUUUUGUCUUUUUAAAAAUAUAUUGACGCAAUUUUUCUCUAGCGUAUUUUAUUAAGAUUUUGUUUUUAAUAAAGGUUCAUUAAGAAUUAUUAACAGUACAUCUAAAAAAACUGUUAAUUUAUGAUCACAAUCUCUGCCUCUCACUUUAAAAUUUUCAAGUACAACAAAUAAUUGUGAGGAAAUAAUUCUUAAAACAUUCUUUCAUAACUUGAAUUAUGUAUAUUUUGCCUUUUUAUUUUAAUUUUAACUAGCCAGCUAAUAUUCUAUCUAGUAUUGUUAUAAUUACAUAAACUCAUUUAUAAAACUUUUUCUAUAACUAACAACUAACCUAGCAUACAGGGUGUUCUACAGUGUUACCCAUAUGCUAAUUACUCUGUUAAUAUUCUUUUCUUUUUUUCUGUUCUUGUCAAUCUGGUUUUGUGUCAGUGGGACAAAUAUAGAAAAAUACAUUUAUUUUAAUUUUAAUCCCUUAAUCACUGGAAAGAAAUAACUUUAUUUUUUCACUUUUUAAAAUGUCAGCACUUGUUUGUUGUUGCCCCGUUAGUACGCCUUAAUAAAUGUAUCGUCCCACCACUCUUGUUUGUUAAUGUCACCCUAAACAAUACAAACAAUUAAAGUAUAAAUAAUAAAUAUAUUCCUUAAAAAUGAGAAUUUUUGUUCCUAUCUUUUUUUAGUAUUUAUUGCAUGAUAGGUGAUCUAUUUUAGGUAGGUAAUGAAAAUAUUGCAUUUUACUUCAUAUUAGACGUUAGUAUAUUGUCAAUAUUUGUCAUCCUUAUUAUUUAUUUACUAUACUUACGAAAAAUUAUGAAAUAUAAUAAAACUAAUUUCAAUGAUUUAUUCUUAGUAGAGUUUUCAAUGAUGAUACAUGAAUUAAAUUAUAUAUAUAAAAAAAAAUACAGUCCAAGUUAGUGAAAUGUGUGAAAAUGCUCAUAUAGUAUCUAUUAAGGGUGGAUAUAAGGUCUAUCAUGAUGGAGAUGCCAGAAGAGAUAUUGCUGAAAGAAAAAGGUUUUAAGAGUUAAUUGGAUAACUAGUUUUAGAUGGCAAUGCAUAUAAUUGUCCAUUUUAUAUACUACUGGGCUCAAGAAAUGACUUCAGUAACAUUUUGUAAGUGUGAACUGAAAAUGGGACAAAAUGCUGUUGCCGAUUAAAGCAAUUAUCUACAUGAGGUAUGUUUAUGGAGCUUAGAAAAUAGCUGUUAUAAAGAAAUUGGUGGUCCAGGUCUUUUUGCUUAAAUAGAUGAAAAUUAAUUUGUGCGUAGAAAAAAUAAUGCUAGACACAUUUUGUUACGGCAAUGUAUUUUUAGUAGAGUAUGUAGGGAAAUCAAAAAAUGUUUUAUAAUUAGUGUACCUGAUCGAUUGGAGAAAACUUUGUUAUCCAUCAUACAAAAAUAUAUAAAACUAGGAUCAAUAAUUUUGUCAGAUUAUUGGAUAGCUUACAAAAGUUUGCAGCAAGUAAGAUUCCAACAUAAAACUGUUAACCAUACCUAUAAUUUUGUUGAUCUGGAUACAAGGGCACACAACCAAAACAGAGAGGUUUUGGGAUUCUGCUAAAUGGGGAAAUAAAAAGUGUCGUGGAACUUAAAGAAAUUUUCUGGAUUGUACUUGGCAGAAUUCAUGUGGAAAUUACGACUCAGAGAACAAGAUUCAUUUGAAUCUAUCUUAUAAGAUAUUUCUGAGUUAUCUUCAACCUUUAUCCUAAUUUAAAAUAAUUUUUACUUUUAUCUUUACGAUAUCAUUUUUACUAUUAUAAUAUACAAUUUAAUUAUUUAUACUUUUAUUUUUUGUAUUUAUUUAUUUUGUAUUGUUUGGUGGGGUGAUAACAACAUUUGAAAAUAGUUGUUUUAUUAAAUAUAUUACUAUAAAAUUUAUUUCUUUUCAGUUAUUAUGGAAUGAAAAUAAAAUCUAAUUUUUUUUUUCUAUAUUUGUAUCCUUAUUAAAAAAGAAAAGAAUAUUAACAGUUAUUAGCAUGUGGAUUACACUGUAUAACGUUGAAUAUAAUAAUAUAUUCCUAUUUAUUUAUUUUAUUUAAUUGUAUGUAACCAAAAAUUUUCAACUAACAUUUUACUACUGUUUAGCUCAAAAAAAAUUUAAAAUAGAUGGAACAAUUAAGGUUGUUCUUGAAUCUGAUGGUACUGAAAUCGAUGAAGAUGAUUAUUUUGCCACUUUAGAAAAAAACACAUUGAUUAUGAUUUUAAAACCCGAUGAAAAAUGGUGUUCAUAUAGCGAUAUAAGGUCUACAUAUAAUCCAUAGUUUUUACUAAAAAUUUCCCGGUUUAAUUUUUUAUUUCAUCUUACAUUUUUGUUUAGUAUAGAGGAACACAUACAUGAUGAAACUGACAGCACUCAGAGUUUAUACAAUUUAAUCCAACGUCUGCAAAAUGAUAUCGGUCAAAUAGCAUUUUUGGGCGGUUGCGAUCUUGAACUUUUAUCUGAUAUGGAUCCAGAUUGUUUGGUUGAUAUGUCUUUUGACAGGUAAAACAUGUUUAUUAAAAUAAUAAAUUGUUUGGAUUUCUUUAAUAAAUUACUUAUUGAGAAGAUUUAUUUUAGUCUGUUAAAAUAAUAUAUUAGAUAAUGAAACAUUUAAAAUAUUUUGUUAAAGAUCAUUUCUAGAUGAAAUUAAAGAAGCCAGUGGACGGUAUCUUUAUGAAAAACGAGAAGCUCAAGAUGCUCUUAAUUUGCUCAAACUUUACCAUGCUUCGACAAUCGAUCAAAAUUCAUCAAAAAAGAGUAAAGUUUAAAAAAGGUAUAACAUUAUUUGAUUUCAUAUUUCUAUAACUUCAAAUGUAUAGAAAAAUCAUAACUAUUAAUGUAGCCAUCUAAACUUGUGAAACUCUAGUAACCAAUGUUAUUUUUUAGUUUUAAAGUCAAUUCUAUUAAAAAACACUAUUGAGUACUAAGCAUUUCAAAAAUUGAAUAUGGUUAAAAGUUGUAUUCUUUUUUUUAUGUUUUGUUUUAUUUAUGAUAUUUUUUUUUAUCACAAUAUCAUAAAAUUAUACAAGUUGUGUAAUUCAGAAAAUAAAAAUAUAUCGAAAUAUAUUUAAAUGCAUUAUUUGGUAUAUUAUAUCAAUAAAUAUAAAAUAAUAAUCAGUAUACCAACAUUUUCUAAAUAAAACUAUUCAUUACACCUAAGUCAAUUUUUAUUUAACUACAAUAAUGCUCAUUUUAUAAAUAUCUAAUUUAUAAUUUUUAAUUGUAUAUUAUUCUAGUUCCUACACCUCAUUUAUAAUCAGGUAAUGAAAUUAAACUACUUUUAAUACUAGAAUCCAUGUUAAUCUGUUUUAGUAUUUGUAUAAAUUUUACAAAUUAUUAUUAAAACAAAAGAAAUAUGUUGGUGCUAUUUAGUAAAAUAUCCAGUAUACAAUAAAGUAUAUACAAUUUUUAUACUUUUUUAAAUGUGUAUUGUUUAAAGUAUUAAUCUUUUAUAUUGAUAAAUGCAUCUAAAAUUGAUUAAAACUUAGUUUUGCUCUACUACACAAUUAUUACUAAUUCCCUAGUAGAUUUUUGUUGUUGAAUAAAUUAAUGAAAAGUUAAUAGAUUAAAUAAAACAUUGCUAUUAAUUUGAAGUGAACUAUUUUAAUUGUUACAUUUUUUAACUCUAGUCAUUAUAUCAAGUAUUAAAACAAGACUAAAUUAUAAAUUACAAUCAAAAAAUGCAUUUAAACGGUUUUUAAUUUUCUAAUUGUACAACUCUUUGCCUAAAUUGUAAAUAUUUUUAUAUUAUUAAUUAUUGUUAUUUUUUUUAUUUAAAAAUACACACCCGAUUUUCAAAUUGUAAAAAUUUGUUUUAUCUAAAUGUUUGCUAUUAUGAAAAAAGUAGGGUUAAAAGAUCAAAGAAACUUGUCAAUGUUGUUAUUCCAUCCACAUAAUAAAAUGUAUAAAUAUUUUGUAACAAAAUGUUAAGUAUUGGACCAUUGUUUAAAAAGGGUAAUUAAGAGUAUUUAUAUUAAGAAGAAAAAUUGUUUUGAAAACUCAAUUGAAUUGUUUUAUAUAUAUAUAAAGGAAUAUAUAUAUAUAAGGAAAUAACUGUGCUGCCGUAUUCAAUUCACAAUUUAGAUGUAUAAUAUUUAUUAAACACUCAAUAUUUAAAAAUUCACUAAGUAAUGGUUGUUUGAAAUGAUGCACAUUUAUUAAUAUCACAAUUAUAUAUUGAUUAAUUAUUUAAUUUUUAAUUGCUAUACUUUUAUGGAUUUGAACAAUGAUAAUUAGUAUAGAACUUACUAGUAGUAUUAAUGUUUAUUAUGAUAAAAAUAAAUUAAAGAAAC